AAACUAACACAAUGACUGGUCGUGGAAAAGGAGGAAAAGGGCUUGGUAAAGGUGGUGCGAAACGUCAUCGCAAAGUACUCCGUGACAACAUCCAAGGCAUUACCAAACCGGCCAUCAGGCGUCUUGCUCGUCGUGGUGGCGUAAAACGAAUUUCCGGUUUAAUUUACGAAGAAACCAGAGGAGUUCUAAAGGUAUUUCUUGAGAACGUUAUUCGCGACGCUGUCACCUAUACGGAACAUGCAAAGAGAAAAACCGUCACUGCUAUGGACGUCGUUUACGCCCUUAAACGGCAAGGGCGCACUCUCUACGGCUUUGGAGGCUAAGAAAUUGAAAUUAUUUUAAUAUCAAAACGACCCGGUUCUUUUCAGAACCAAAACAUUCA